AUGGCCCCAUCCAAGUGGAUUGCCGCCGCACUUGCCGGCUACUUCUCUGGUGUCGCCCUAGGAGUGCCGACCUCCGCCUCGAGCUUCUCUGAAAGGCAGUUUGUGAAGCGUGCAAGUAUCAACGAUGCUGCAACAGGCUACGCUAGUGAGAACGGUGGCACUACCGGUGGUGCUGGUGGCACAACCACCACUGUGUCGUCAUAUGCGGCCUUCACUUCAGCAGUCUCUGGCGAUAGCGCUAAAGUUGUCAUUGUCAGCGGCACGAUCACCCAAACUGCUGAUCAGGUUCGUGUUGGCAGCAACACCAGCAUCAUCGGCAAGAAUUCAAAUGCAAUUUUGAAAAAUUUCGGCCUCCUCGUGAAGGAGGAGUCCAACGUGAUCAUCCGCAACCUGGGAAUUCAAAAAGUCCUGGCAGACAACGGAGACGCAAUUGGCAUCCAAUACUCCAACAAUGUCUGGGUCGACCAUUGCGAUGUCUCCUCGGACAUGGAUCAUGACAAAGAUUACUACGAUGGACUCAUUGACAUCACUCAUGCAGCCGACUAUGUCACGGUCUCCAACACCUUCAUUCACGAUCAUUGGAAGGCUUCUUUGAUUGGACACUCCGACAGCAAUGGCGAUGAGGACACUGGACAUCUGCAUGUUACCCAGAACAAUAACUACUGGUACAACAUCAACUCUCGUACACCAUCCAUUCGCUUCGGUACUGGGCAUAUCUACAACAGUUAUUUCGAGGCAGUUAAUGAUGGUAUUAACACUCGGGAUGGUGCUCAGGUUCUUGUGGAAUCUAACCAAUUCGUGGGUUCGGACAAGCCGCUCUACUCAACUGACGACGGUUAUGCCGUGGCGAACGAUAAUGACUUUGGGGACGGUGAAAACACUGCCGAGGAAGGCACCUUGACCUCUGUGCCUUAUGACUAUGAUUUGGUGGGCUCUGCCAAGGUCAAGAGUGCAGUUGUUGGGACUGCUGGUCAAACCCUGACCUUCUAA